UACCCCGAGUCGAUAGACAAGCGCAACAGAGAGAACGAGAGAGAGAGCGAGAGAGAGAGCGAGAGAGAGAGAGAGAGAGAGAGAGAGAGAGAGAGAGAGAGAGAGAGAGAGAGAGAGAGAGAGAAAGAGAAAAAUAAAUCAUACCUACCUCCUUUUUCUACAACAACAUAGGGAACCGGGGACGGGGAAGGAUUAGAGGCAUCGCUGCUGGUUUCUGCGAGAGCCAUCCUGCUCAUUAUGAUGUGAGACGUGACAACAUCCUAUCCAGAGCGGUUCGAUGGACAUUUUCUCGGCAACAUACUUGGAUAUUUAUGCUGAUGGAUUUCCUCCUAAUUGGUCUGUAUUUAAAGUGGCCACUGAGGAAACCCACGGGGCUGAUACUGGUUUCUCUGGGCCUGCUCCUGCGGACGGCGGCCCAGGCGGAGGGGGGCUGUCCGAGGCAGUGCCGCUGCGACAGCAAGCUGCUGUACUGCGAGGGGCUCAACCUCACUGACAUCCCCCGCAACCUGAGCAGCGCCAUGGGCCUGUCCAUGCGGGAGAACAACCUGACGGAGCUGCGCGAGGGCCACCUGGCCGGCCUGGCGCAGCUCACCUGGCUCUACCUGGACCACAACAACAUCGACCUGGUAGAGGAAGGCGCCUUCGAUAGGCUGCGGCGGGUCAAGGAGCUGGACCUGAGCAGCAAUCGCAUCGAGAGCCUGCCCAACGCCACCUUCAGGCCCCUCCCCAACCUCCGCAUUCUGGAUCUAUCGUACAACCGUCUGCAAGCCCUGGAGCCCGACCUGUUCCACGGCCUGAGGAAGCUGACUAAUUUGCAUCUGCGCUACAACGCUCUGAAAUUUGUGCCUGUGCGGAUCUUUCAGGACUGCAGGAGCAUGCAGUUCCUGGACCUGGGAUACAACCAGCUACAGAGCCUGGCGCGGAACUCCUUCGCCGGGCUGUUCAAGCUCACAGAGCUGCAUCUGGAGCACAACGAGCUGGUGAAAGUCAACCUGGCCCACUUCCCCCGCCUGAGCGCCCUGCGUACUUUGUAUAUGCACAACAACCGCGCCGCCAUCAUGGUGAGCACCCUGGACUGGACCUGGCAGUACCUGGAAAAGAUUGAUUUGUCGGGCAACGAGAUCGAGUACAUCGAGCCCCACGUGUUCGAGAGCACCCCCCACCUGAAGGUGCUCAUGCUGGACUCCAACCGGCUGAGUGCCGUGGAGCCGCGCAUACUGGACUCCUGGGCCUCCCUGGAUAGUAUCACCUUGGCGGGGAACGACUGGGAGUGCAACCGCAACGUGUGCGCCCUGGCCUCCUGGCUGAGCGCCUUCCGGGGCCAGCGGGACAGCACCCUCAUGUGCUCCAGCCCGGACAUCGCCCAGGGGGAGGACGUGCUGGACGCCGUUUACGCCUUCCAGCUCUGCGAGGACCCCCCCUCGGAGGUCACCACGGCGGGGCCCUACGCCUCCACGCGGGACCGGGCCCGGGGCAGCGGCGGCGGCAGCGUCCUGGUGGGGCCCUUCACCCUUGGCCCCUACGAGGGCAAGGGCGGGGAGUCGGCGACGGGCUCCUUCACGGAGCCCGCCGGCGGCGACAUGGACGACCUGGAGAGCACCAUGCAGAUCCACAAGGUGGUGACGGGCACCAUGGCGCUCAUCUUCUCCUUCCUCAUCGUGGUGCUCAUGCUCUACGUGGCCUGGAAGUGCUUCCCGGCCGGGAUCAGGCAGCUGCGGCAGUGCUUCACCAGCCAGCGGCGCAAGCAGAAGCAGAAGCAGAGCAUGCAGCAAAUGGCUGCCAUCUCCACACCGGAGUACUACGUUGACUAUAAACCCAACCACAUCGAGGGGGCCCUGGUCAUCAUCAACGAGUACGGCUCCUGUACAUGCCAGCAGCCCGCUUCUAGGGAGUGUGAGGUUUGAGAGCCCUGCUUUGUGAGUAUGUGUUUAACUGUGAUUAUUAUGGAUACACGACCCCCGACCCCUCCCCCCUGCUUUCCUCCUCUCCCCCUCAGCCCAGCCACCCCUUUUUGGAUAUAUUUGUGAGGGAGAUAUUAUGCGAUGCAAAGGAAUAAAGGGACGGUUCGUCUCACUGUGCUUUUCUCGUGUGCGUUUCACUGGAUUUCACUGGACUUCACACUGGAUAUAACUGGGGAUCGAGGGAGGACAGGCCCUACAUGGGCCCAUGUGACUCUGGACCUGUUGCCUACCCUGAGAGGAACUAUGGUGUGACCACGCAAGACUAUUCUUUCACACAAACACUGGAUAUUUCAGCUUUAAUGUGUCUUUCUACUUCAGGAAAUUGAGAUAUAGUUUAAAAACACAAACUGUGGACACGUCUAAAGAAGAAGAAGAAAAAAAAUCGACACAAUUUAUAUUAUGAUAAACAUUUGACAAUGAGACACACGUAUGAAAUAUAUAUCGAAGAUGUUUAAGUUUGGAAGAAGUGUAAAGAUUAUAAAAAAGAACCUGUGUAAAAUACGUUUAAGAGCAGAAAUGCAACUGUGGGGGAAAAAAGAUUGCAAGAUGCUAUUCUAUUUCUUUUGUAAACUACAAAACAUGUUUAAAUAAAUUAAUUGCUAUUCACAGUGAAGUACUUGGUGUGUGAGACGGCUGGAAGUGUGUAAAUGAUGAGGAAUGCAUUUUUCUGAGCUAGGAAGAGUGUUGUCUGCCUGUGAGCCUCUGAGAUACCAGAAAAAAAAAACAUGAAAAUAACAAGAAAAAAAAGGGAGGAGGGUAAAAUGGGAUAACAUUUCAAUGUUAAAAGUCCUGAUCUGAAUUACAGAUCUUAUCACUCAACUCUCAUGUACGCUGUUUGGUCAUUUACUGUGUUGGCUCGCUAUCAAUGUUGUGGUUGCUUUCCUUCCUUUCCAUUUCCUUUCUGUGAAUAGAUUAAAUUGAUCUAUUGCAUUUUAAUCCGUCACCAUACUUCCAUAUGAUUAUACCAUGAUUUGUGUGCCACCCCAGCAAACAGAGUAAAACACUGAAGAUCCAACGCCGAGCGGCCCCGACUCUCUCUCUCUCCCUCUCUCUCUCAGCCAUUCGCUGUAAUGCAUCGGCUAUGCCUUCUCUCACCAAACGAGGCACAUUGAAGACCGCAAAUGCCUGAGCUGCACUCAUUCAAAUCAAAAUGGUGUUCUAAAAUAGCUUUGUUUAAGGAACAAACGGCUGUGGCUUUUUGUCUUCAAAAAAAAAGAAUAAACGUUAACACACAUCUUUCCUGACUGUACUUACAUGUGAUGUGAACUAUGUUUGUUAAAUACACGGCCAU